UUGAAUUGUUUUUUCAGUGAUUCAUUUAUCAUGAGAGGGAAGGGGUUGGCAAUGGGAGCUGUUUACACUGGAAUUGCUAAAAGAUGCUUUAAGAAGAACCAUCCAUUUUGUGCUGCAAAGAGCAGCUCAUUUAGGCUCAGAACGAAUGCCCCCUCCCCAUCUCCUCUCUGAGGAGCUUAAGCUGGCCAGCCUUUGCCAGCUGUAGCCCGGAUGCAGUAGCUGCAGUGGCUGCGGUAAUAUUCCAGGCUGUUCUCUGGCUAAAUGCAUGACGUCAUCUAUGAAAGAAAGAGAGGCUAAAAUGCCAUCUUCCUGUUCUCCACAGUGGUGCUUAAUCAAACAGGAAGCUUAUAAAGUGAGCCUGGCAUCAUCCUUGUUCUUUGCGGGGCUACUCAUUGGCAACAUCACCUUUGGCCCAUUAUCGGAUAAAUUUGGCAGGAAGCCAGUGUAUUUGACAGGUCUCUUUUUUGAUGUCAUUUUGGGCUAUAUCACUGCAUUUGCCCCAAGUUAUGGAGUCUUUGCAAUGUCACGCCUUGGUGUUGGAGUUAUGAAUGGUGGAACAGCUUUAGUAUCUUUUGUCUUGACACAAGAAUAUGUAGGGAAAUCGUUUUGGGCACUCACAGGUUCAUUGACCAACAUGACCUUUGCAGUUGGCAUCGCAUUCUAUGCUGCAUUAGGGUACUGCAUCAGGGACUGGCGAACCUUGGCCUUCGUCUCAAAUUCUCCUGGGGCUUUCUUCUUUCUCCUUUCCUAUCUGCUCCCUGAAUCACCAAGGUGGCUGCAUUCCCAAGGGGCUGUGGAAAAAGCAGAGGCCAUAAUGCACUACAUAGCCUGUGGUAAUGGAAAAGAGAGGCUGAGGAUAAAAUUGAAACCACUUGGAGGGGCAGGAAAAAUCCAAGACUCAGCACCUGGGGUACUGAACCUUGUGACACACCCAGUCCUGCGAAGGCGGACAGCCAUCCUGAUGUAUGUUUGGUAUGUGUGUAGCCUCGUAUACUAUGGCCUUACUUUGAAUGCUGGCGAGUUCAAAGGAAAUCUGUACCUGAAUAUAGCUUUGUAUGGUCUGGUGGAAGUCCCGGCAUGCCCUCUGUGUAUAUACUUCAUCGAGAAGCCCUGGGCAGGGAGACGGAAAACCACCUCUGCUUUUCUCAUCUUUGCAGGCUUUGCCUGCAUCUUGACUAUGUGCCUAAGUGAACACUCAGGUUUGUUUUGGAAUCCCACGCUGCUGGCCUUGAGUGGAAAACUGGCGAUAAGUGCUGCCUUCAACACGAUCUACAUCUACACCUCAGAACUCUACCCUACAGUAAUAAGGAAUGCUGGCCUGGGUGUGUGUUCAAUGACUUGUAGACUUGGAGGUAUAUUGGCUCCUUUCGUACCCGCCAUGAAAUCUAUCAGCCCAUCUGUCCCCUUUGUGGUGUUUGGCAUCAGUGGGCUGUCAGCAGGAUUCUUGGAUCUACUUCUUCCAGAAACUCUAAAUCGACCAAUAACAGAGAACCUUCAGGAUCUGCAGGCCUUGGAAACCUAAGUGCUAAAAAGGCCUGGUGUGCUAAUGAAAGGAAAUCAUCUUUUGAAAUCCUCCAAAAAGAGUGGCUCUGAUCAGCAUUUGGGCACUAUUUUGUCAAGGCAUUUUUGCAAUUAAGGGGAAGCCAUUGUUUGAUACCAGAGCAGAGAAAGAAACCGUGAACUCUGGAGAUCAGUGGAUGGGAUGGGAUGGGGUGGGAGGAGGACCAUGUUUGUCAGAGCUUGUCAUUAGGUAAAUUGUACAUCAGUGGGCUACUGGAGCAGAGGAGAAACAAAUCAGUGAAUGAAGAAUGAAAGAGGGCCGGCCAUAUUGGUACCCACUGAAGGAGUUAAUGAAUGACAAGUGCAGGACUUUGGCACACCUGGAAUUUUUGAGUCAUUAGAACACCAUGUGCAUGUACAUAGGGACAGUGUCAUUAGUUGUCAAGAAGAAGUUGGGCAAUAGCCACAGAGUGAAAUCUGCUGCCCAGGUAGAGCAUUUCAAAAGGCCCUCAUUGGUGGUUGACUGACCAACUGCUCUUCUUGGCCUUGUCAUCAGGCUCAUUGUGUGUCCAAUGGAAUCCUCCCCCGAACCCCAACUCUUUCUAAUUUUCUUUUCAAAAACUUUCAGUGACAGAAUACUUCAUGGCUGCGACCAAAGAGUUUUUCUUUUGUAUUGGUUUUAUACCAUCAUAGGCUUUAAAGAAAGUCAAUCAAGUAUGUGCCAAGUAGGUUCCCCCCUCCAAAGAAAGUUCAUUCUUUAGGAAUCUGUUGUAAGCAUUCAGUUAAUGGUUACAGAGUGGGUAAAGAAAAGAAAGAAUGACUUCCCACCAUGAUAACACUGGUGUAUGGGGUGGGAACAAUGGUGCAGGCUAAAUGUUAUUUAAUAUGUUUCUAUGUAGGGAAGAGAGGAUAUUGUACUGUAUAGAGAGAGCUGGCCUUGGAGCCAGAAAGACCUGGGUUCAAGUCCUGCCCAUGAGCGUCCUGGCUGUGUGACCCUAGGCAAGUCACCUAACCUCUAAUGCUUUAAGCACCUCUUUAAGGCCAUGAGUUGCAGGGAAGGUGCCCACUCUCAUUGGUAAGGGGGAAUUUACUCGUUUAGGAGUGAGUUUCUUAUAUCAGGAACCACAGAUCUCAUCCCUAUCCUCUAUUCUUUUCAGUCAAUAAGUAUUCAUAUUUGUUAUUUAGCAAAGCAUGGCAGGGCUAGCUAGCCAGAGUUUUCCAUUUCUUAUUAUGCUUCUGAUUAUUGCCUGCGGCAGCAUGGGAAAAAGUGCCAAAAUACAGCUGAAGCUGCCUCCCUGCUGGGUUAAUUGGCAUCUGAAACAUUCCUCCCAUAAGGUAAAAGGUACUUAGGACCUCGGUUUCUAAGGAAACCAGGAAGCAUUUAUCAGUGAUAAUUUUGUUGCCUACAGGAUAACAUACAAAAUCCUCAGCCUGGCUUUUAAGCCACCCCAGAAUCUGGCUCCAGCCUCUUUUUCUCCUUUCAUUGGACAAUGCUCUUCUUCCUUCCUGCACUCUAAGCUCCAGCCAAAUUGGGCUAUUAGCUGUACCUUGAACUUGAUUUUCCGCCUCCUUUCUCUCCGCCUUCUCAGAAGUUGUUCCUCAUGCCAAAUAUUCACUCCCUCCUGGUCUCUACCUCCAAAGCUGUAUCUUUCUUGUUUUUAAAAAAUUCAACUUUAUUUUCAGAUCUGCAUUCUCUCCCUUGUACCUCCCUACACCCCAGUGAGAAAAUAAGAAAAACAAAUUCUGUUUCAAACAUGUGCAAAGAAAACAAAUUCCUGCAUUGCCCAUGUCCAAAAAAUAUGCUUCCUUCUUCCAAGUCCAUAACCUCUCUUUCUCUAUCUACAAGGGGGUGAUAUGUUUCAUCAUGAGUAAUCUGGAAUUGUGAUUGGUCAUUGUGUUCAUCUGCAUUCCUAGGUCUUUCAAACUUGUUUGUCUUUACAAUAGUAUUGUUAUUGUAUAAAUUGUUUUCCUGGUUGGAAUCACUUCACUUUUACAUAUGUUCAGACAAGUCAUCUCUGGUUUCUCUGAAACUAUCCCCAUCAUAUCUAUAUCAUCUAUAUCUAUACCUAUAUCUCUAUCAUUUAUAUCUAAUCUAUCUAUCUCUAGAUCUAUCUAAU